CUUAAUAAAAACAAAAACAACAAAUCAAGAUUUUAACUUUUUCCUUUACCGGAGAAAAAUUUUGUAAAAAAAAACUUAAAAUCUUAUUUAAUUUAAGCAUUCCAUAAACAUGGGACUUUUAUCGGAUCCCUCCUUGACACCACGCCAUAAGUUUGGCAAAAUACUCACCAAAUAUCAUUCCAAAUUGGGCUGGCUUCUAUAUUUGUUGAGUAUUGUAUGGUUUGGCUGUCUGGGUCAUAAGGACUUUAAUCAUGGUACUUAUCUGUCGGAAAAUGCUUUAUCACCUGGUUUGGUCUAUCCCGAAAUUAAACAAGACUCCAGUCGUUGGGCUCAACAAUUGGUGGACGAAUUAAAGGCUGAACGUGAGACCCACAAGUCUACCACACCACAUGCUUGGAUCUCAGCUAAAAUGAAGCAAAUUGGUUUAGAAACUUAUGUUCACAACUACACUCUGCGUUAUCCCUUCGGAGGAGGCAAAGAGUUUCAUGGCAAAAAUGUUUAUGGUAUUUUGAGAGCCCCACGCACCAGCUCCACAGAGGGUUUAGUAUUUUCUGCACCCUACAGACCGCCUUCAUCAUAUCACACUGAUAUUGUGGCUAGUGUACCAAUUUUAUUGGCAUUUGCAGAUUUUGCAAGAAAGAAAAAUUACUGGGCUAAGGAUAUUAUUUUCCUAGUAACUGAACAGGAACAAUUGGGCAUGCAUGCCUUUUUAGAAGCCUAUUUUAAUACUGAAAUGGAUGAGAAUACAAAACAGAAUACUUUUCUGAACUAUGGAAACUUGCCGGCACGAGCCGGUUCACUGCAGGCCGCUUUGAAUAUAGAAGUACAGGAUUUGGAUAUAGAUUACAUUGAUGUCAAGAUUGAAGGCUUAAAUGGUCAAUUGCCCAAUUUGGACAUGUUCAAUUUAGUACAACGCAUUACCGCCCGUGAAGGCAUAAUUUCCGGCUAUAAACAAACACCCAUAAAGAAACGACGUUCCUCGCAAUACACCUCGGUUGGGAGUAAUAUAAAAAACUUGCUCAGCAUGCUGUUGAGUCAAACUACUGGAGUGCCAAAUGGCAAUCAUGGUCUCUUUCAUAGACAUCGCAUUGAAUCUUUAACCCUGGAAGCAGUUAAAAGACCCAAAACAGGCAGCAAUCGUUAUAAUAGUGGUCUGCCCUUAUUAAAAACAAUAGAGGGAAUUUCACGAAGUCUUAACAAUUUAUUGGAACGUUUUCAUCAAAGUUAUUUCUUUUAUAUAUUGGCACAAAAUGAUCGUUUUGUAUCGAUUGGUGAUUACAUGCCUUGUCUGGUAUUGUUGGUAGUGCCUUUGUUUAUCAAAUCAUUUCUCAUGUGGCUUAUAGCUGGUGGUCAGGUUAAGGAUGGUGAUAAAGAGGAUACAGAGGAGCAAGUUACUUAUAUUACAGAUAAAGAGCAUAAUGAAGUACAAUUAGUUCCUGCCGUUAUGUUUAUUAUUUAUGCCUGCGCUAUAGGUUAUAUGUGUCAACAAUUACUAGCCCUAGAAUUAGUGGUGAAUGCGCUCUCCUCUUAUGGUCUAACUACUUCCCAAAGUGUUACUGUUUCUAUGCUUUUAUGGGUAGUAUUGGCUAUUUGUUUGCCAUUUAUCUAUCGUUUGUCGGUGACUGCCAUGCAUUGGUUGCAUUUAGCAUCUUUAGUGGGUCUAGGUACCGUUUUGGUGGUAGUGGGUCUUCUUAACUUUGCUUUGGCUUUUCUAAUUGCCUUGGUUUGUGUACCAUUGGCUGUGGGUAUUAAACCCAAUAUGCAGAGGGGUUUUCGUAAAUCAUUUCUUACGUUUUAUUGUGUUCUAUUGAAUCCUAUAGUAUUUAUUUAUGGUUUAGUUUUCAUUUUAACCUUGUUCCAAUUUCCUGAAUUGAAAAUGAAGGAAAUUGCUUUGCGUGCUGUCAAAGCUAGUAUGGAUGCCAUAACAUUUUCUUUAACCGAUAAUUUGAUUUACAACAAUUGGUUGUGCACAAUUGUCACCUCAGUAUUAUUGCCUUUAUGGUGCUGCUUUUGGACUUUGGUUUUAAACAAAACUAAGAGUGAAUCUUUACUUAGCUCAACUAGCAAGAAAAUGGACUAAAUUAUUAAUUUUACAACAAGUCCUAAAACCAUUUUUUUUUAAUUAAAAUCUAAAAAGAAAUAAAACUAAACUACCAAAAAACUUUAAUAAAAAAUUCAAUACAACUUUUAUAUAUUUUUUAU